AAACAAAGCAUUCAUCGCCCUUUCAGAUGCAUCAUUUGCCAUGCUGCAAAAGAAAUGAUGCAGACUCGGAAGCACCCACUUGUCACACGAAGGGUGAGGAAUGGCCACCCCUUGCUUGCACUUAGCAGGAACAUUCCCUCUCGUCGCUGACCACAGUGGGGGAGAGAGAGAAAACUAAUCGUCUUUGCUCCUCACAGUAUAAGAAGGCCACCGAAGUGGAGAUCGGAUUAGGAAGUUUUGGCAGACAGAGCGACAGACAUCCCUUCCCUCCUUCCCUUUGUAGCUUCCUGUGCCCUUUUAUGAGGAGGAGGAAGAUGGGGGCCCUUCCCCAGCUGAGUGAGUCGAGGAGCAGCUUCCAGCCGAGCAAGGACCAUGGCCCGGUGAUCGAAGAGAUCCAGGGGCUCAUCAAGGUCUGCAAGGACGGCCAUGUCGAGCGCCUGCCGGCCGUCGUCGAUGUCCCAUGCACGUGGGCUCCCGAACCGGACGUCGCUAGCAAGGACGUGGCCGUCGGCCAUGGCGGCCUCUGGGCCCGGCUGUACGUGCCCAGGGUUCAGACCCAGAAGCUGCCCUUGCUCGUCUACUUUCAUGGCGGCGGGUUCUGCGUCGGCUCCGCCGCGUGGAGAUGCUACCACGAGUUCUUGGCCCGCGUGGCGUCGCAGGCGCCCUGCGUCGUCCUGUCGGUGAACUACCGCCUCGCCCCCGAGCACCGCCUGCCCGUGGCCUACGAGGACGGCCUGGCCGCGGUGAGGUGGGUGAGGCAGCAGAUGAGCCAUCGAGCUGCGGACGAGCCCGGCUGGUGGCUCGCCCACUGCGACUUCGCCCGGGUGUUCCUCGGCGGCGACAGCGCCGGCGCGGCCAUAGCCUACAACGUGGCCGCGCAGCUGGGGUCGUUCGGCGUCCCCGAAUCAGCCCUGCUCAAGCCCGCCUGCCUCAGGGGAAUGGUCCUGAUCCAGCCUUUCUUCGGCGGCGUGGCUCGGACCUCGUCGGAGAAGAACCUGGUGCAGUCCUCCAGAUCGGCGCUCAGCUUGACCACCUCGGACUGCUACUGGAGGUUGGCGCUGCCGCCGGGCGCCGAUCGUGACCACCCCUGGUGCAACCCCCUGGCCAAGGGCUCCCCCAAGCUGGAGGACCUGAGGCUUCCUCCUGCGCUCGUCUGCAUCUCGGAGUUGGACAUCCUGCGGGACAGGAACAUGGAGUUCUGCAAAGCCAUGAGGAGCGCAGGCAAGAGCGUGGAACAGGCGACCUACGCCGGAGUCGGGCAUGCCUUCCAAGUCCUCCAUAACUACCAUAUGUCCCACGCACGCACCACCGAGAUGCUUACCCACAUCAGGGCCUUCAUUUACAGCAGAUAGAGGUAGAAAUGUUCCGUUCGUAGCUGAUGACUGUGUGCAAAAGGUUGCUUGUACAAACAAAACAUGUGCCCUCUCACAAACCAGCAUUGAGUUCGAUGUCAGAUUCACAGUCUUCAAGUGUCUCACGCCACUGUAGUUUAAUGGCAGACAGAGAUGAACAAAGUUCUUUGGCAAU